ACAAGUGCUUUCAUUCAUCUCUUUCCCGUUGCAAAGUGGCAUUAUCGAAAAUUUACGGUACAUCGUCAGCUGUUUCAACGUCACGUCAAAUUUAUUUCUCUAACCCUCGUACGACGCUCGAAGUUACGAUACAUUUAUCGCAAGAAAUGAAUGAAAUCUAAGGAAAACAACGUUGUUGCACGGCAGAGAAAUGUGUGAUUGUCUUACGCAUAAAGGGGACGGGGACAAAGAUGUCCUGGAAACGGUGACGCUCUUCAGGAAAUGUCCGAAACCGUAUCAUCCCGGUAAAGAUAUAACCAGGCCGUCGAGUUGCGACUUGAUUUCAGAUAAAAACGAUUGGAUUCCAAUUGAUUCGUCGCAAUCCGAUCUCGGAUACACGAUCUGCGAUCAGAUCAAGAGGCUAUCGAGCUCGAGCAGCUACACCAGUUCCUCGAAAACGUACAAGUUCGUCAGCCCUCGAGAAUGCGAGUGUUUUCGAGGAGAAGGCGAAGAGGAACCGUGCCGUGCUCCGGUGAUCGCUUUCGAGCCGUGCGUCGAAGAGGAGGAAGUCGAGGAAGAACCGGACGUGGAGUGCACCCUGAUGAUCGUAAAACCGGAAGCGACGGUAUACAGACAGCAAAUCGAACGUCGUAUAUUCGAGGAAGGCUUCGAGAUUCAUCAAACGAGAUGGCUGCAACUGACCCCGGAACAGGUGUCUGAAUUUUAUUCAGACAAGUACGGGCAGUUGAACUUUGCGCACCUGGUCGCCUACAUGGCUUCCGGUCCCAUAAUCGUACACGUUCUGGCGAAACGUCGAGCCGUGGAAGAAUGGAGACUGCUGAUGGGGCCGACAAAAGUUACCGAAGCCCGUUUGUACUAUCCUGAUAGCAUAAGGGCUAAAUACGGCAGGAGAGGCGCAGAUUUUCAGAACGCUGUCCACGGGAGCAACUCUCGAGAGGAGGCUGAACGAGAAAUUCACUUCUUCUUUCCCGAAUUUAUACUCGAGCCACUGCUAAGAAAGGAAGGAGCAGUCGAUUAUUUGUGGGAAACGCUCAACCCAGUCCUCGUGGAAGCUCUAGCCAUGUGUUGCAAAGUGAAGCCAGCAGACCCUGUUUUAUGGCUCGCUAAUUGGCUGAUAUCGAACAAUCCUAACAAGCCAAAAUUGUCACAGGACCUCACGAUCAUUCCGACGUAAGGGCCAAGAUU